UGUAACGAGUGGGAGCGCUGUUGACAUCCUGUUUGUCGUGAAAUCUGCGGUCUGCACCAUAGUCUUUCGGCACGUGCCGGAGUGUCACACCACACAUGCGCAGAUAAUCAUACCCACUGGACUCGCUCUCUCUCGCCACUUCCACAUCGAGUUCGCUCCCGGCUCGGCGCGAUGGCGAGCACGUACCGCGUCCAGUUCAUGGACGACCGCGACCCGUUCGCGGUGGCGUUUGCAGAGCCCACGAGGCCAUUAUCGUUCGACUUUGAAUCAGACUGUCCCCUCAUCAAUCAGGUCGACGAACUUCAGAAACAGCUCAGGGCUCCGCACAAUGCGGAAGACAUUGCGUUGCAAGUGACCGGACACGACGUCAAGUCGACGUUCAUGGAUCUCGAUUCGACGAUCGAAGAGCAGGCCGACGACCUCGGAUUGAUUCGCGACAGUCGACGGACGGUCAUCAUAGUCCGGACAAAACCGAGUGUUCGAGUUCACACAAUUAUCGAGACCCUACUUCGUGCUAAAGGCAAAGACCUACGGAAGGCGUUAUUCGCACUGAGACGGAUUUUCAAGGAAGAUCAAGACCUCGUACAGGAGUUUGUGAAUGCGGACGGUCUGAGUUGUUUGAUUACAGUCGGCCGCGCAUCGGACCAGAAUCACCAGCAGUACAUGCUGAGAGCACUGGGAGAGCUACUUCUGUAUCUGGAUGGAAUGUAUGGCGUGAUGAACUCUCCGGAGACUAUACAGUGGGUGUACUCACUGGUUACAUCCAAGUUCCGACUGGUUGGUAAAACUGCUCUGGAGAUAUUACUGAUAUUUGUGACGUUCAGUCCGGACUCUGGGAAGGAGAAGGAAAACUGUAAGUUGACAGAUACUAGUACGAACGCUGUUUUGUUUGCUGAGGCAGUACAAGUGGAGGAUGGCUCAUCCGGCGCUUGGGCGGGUCUGAUGAAUGUACUGAAGGAGAGUGUGUCGUCGUCCGACAAUGAAAUGGUGCUGUCCUGUUUGACGUUGAUCAAUAAGGUGCUGGACGGAAUGAAUGAUACGAGAAGUUUCUAUCAGGUUGUUGAUGCUAUCGAGCAGCAGGGCAUGGAGCAGCAAGUCAUGGAUAAAGUCCGGAAUAAGAGAGACCGCGCAAUCAUAGAACAAAUCGCAUUAUACGAGAAAGCAAUUCAAGAGGAAUAUGAUUAUGAGAUCGUCCCCGGCACGCCAGGAUCAAAGAGACUGCACGCAGGCUCAAAAUAUUUGAGAUCGCCAAGUCUUAAUAGUUCCACAGUUUCUCCUGCGAUUUCUCCUGCUGUAACGCCCGAAGUUGUGAAGAAAAGUAUACCAGACUCAUCACCGAUUUCACUGAAUACGUCCGACCUAAGUGAACAGAUGUCACCUACGAAGACUGCGAACACUACUGAGACAGAAACGCCGCCAUCUACACCACAAGAUACUGUUGUUGUUGCUCAGAGUGAGGUGAAGAAUGAUGGAACAGAAAGUAAACCAGAAGGUCAUUCUCAUAUUCUUAAAAAGAAGAAGACGAUGACAAUGACUGUCAAGAAAACAGUGAAGCAGAAGAAGAAAGUCGCUGCAGAACGACGAAAGCAAGCCGUUUCGAGAGAUGUCGAGAAGGAGGCUGGAAUUGCCAUUGCCAUAGUAACCGAUGUAAUGUCUCCUGUCGAAAUCGUCAAAUAUGAAUCAUCGAACGAAAAGACAGAUGUGACUACCUCAAAUGGAGUAAGCGAUAAGUUAUUGGACAGGAGUGAUAUAGUAGAGGAGCUCAUGGAAUCAUCAACCCAAUGUAACUCCAACUCUACACCGAAUGGAAACGAGAAGUCAGUUCGGACUGAAAGAGAAGAGUUGCCUAUCGUAGAUGGUAGUUCAAAUCAGACAGUCCACUCCACUGGAAACAGCACAUCGGCAAGAGAGAAAUGGGGAUCACUUAAAACGAAAGUCGAAUUGAAACGGAAACAGUCACAGGAUAGACUCUACAAAUGGAACGCAUUGUUUGACAUGAUGAAAAAUCGUGGGCCCGACAGUGCGAAACCUGGCGAAGAUCCAGACGAGUUCUCCGAGCAUCAACGAGUCCAAGGCAAUCGACAGUUAUCCAUCGAGAAUCUGUCAUUUAUGGAUUUGCGUGCUUCAGACGAUGAGGACGUUCUUGCUCCGCCGAGGCAGCCGGGAGUAAUCGUACGAGGUGACAUCGUUCCACCUCCUCCUCCACCGAUGUUUGGUGCCCCACCCACAUGUCCCGGUGCCCCACCACCAUUUCCUGGUGCACCACCCCCUCCACCAGUCGCUCCACCUCCACCACCCGGAUUUCCUUCGGGACCUCCGGGUCCACCACCACCACCACCCGGUAUGGCACCUCCACCACCACCACCACCGGGCAAGGGAUCACCUGGAACUCAGAAGCGUAAACUAAAGAAAGUCUUCUUUCAUAAAGUACACUUACCAAACGGACUCACCGCGAAUUCGCCGGCCACCGCGGGAUUGACGGUACCGGGUGGAGGACAACGCACUCUGUGGGCAAAACUGAAAGACAACGUGCACAUAAAACUGGAUGAAGAAAAAAUUGUGAAGCUGUUUGAAGAGAAGGUCAUCGAUCGGCAGACGAGACGAACGCAAGUCGAUGAAGUGGACGGUAAGAAGAAAGAACCGAUUCAAGUGCUCGAACAUAAACGAGCGCAGGACAUAGAAAUUGCGGUGAAAAAGUUACCGCAGCAUAGACACAUCAAGGCGGCUAUUGUUAGCAUGAACAGCACCUUGCUCAACAAGGAGGGUAUCGAGACCCUUCUGAGAAUACUUCCAACACAAGAAGAAAAACAAGAAAUCGAGGCGGCAAUGAAAGCGAGACCCGGCGCAGCACUCCGUGAGGCCGAGCAGUACCUCCUUGCUCUUGCAUCGAUACCCGAUCUAGCGUCCAGACUCAAACUGUGGGACUUCAAUCUGGGCUUCGUGUCAGUAGAACUGGAAAUUGCGGAGGCAUUGAUGGAUAUGAAGGAGGCGAUUGCAGAACUGAGACAAUCGCAGACGUUAGAAUGGAUUCUAGCCGCAGUGUUGUGUAUAGCGAACUUCUUGAAUGGCUCCAAGGCCGAUGGGUUUACCUUAGAAUUUCUGAGUCAACUGCAGGAUAUCAAAGACGUUGUACACAAGCAGUCACUACUGCAUCAUGUUGCGACGAUGGUCUUGGAGCAAUUUAAGGAGGGGACUGACUUGCACUCGGAGCUUUCACAUGUACAUCACAGCGCAAAGACGGAUGUAGAUAAUUUAGCGACACGUCUCAAGCAUCUGGAAGACGACGCGAACGGAAGCUGGGGCCAUCUGAGAGCAAUAGCGAAGCAUGAGAGCUCGCAAGAGCUCAAGCUCCAGAUGGCCGACUUUCUUGCUGACGUGGCAGAGAGGAUACACGUUUUGAAAGUGAUUUAUCGUCGAGUCAACAACAGGUUUAGAAAAUUUUUGCUGUACGCUGGAAUGAGCAAAGAACAAGCGUCGAAGGCAAAAAUUGAUGCCGUAUGCAAGUUGGUAAGCGACUUUUCACUCGAGUAUCGAACGGUGAGAGAAAAACUCAUUCGGCAGCAGAUGAAGCGAAAAAUGCAGGAGCGGAAAGGAAAACGCAUUACGGCGGAGAUUCCGUCUCCAGAAGAAGUGGCCCAAGUGGUACAUGUGAAUGGUGGUGAAACGCUCUUGCAACAGCCUGGAAAGGGGAGGUUGUUUGCAGCGCAGGAAGAGCGGAGGAAGACGCCGCCGGAGGAUGCUGGAGAGGACCAUAGUAGUGACUUGCUGUCUGCUUUGGCUGGCACGGUGAUUCAGACUGCGGGGCAACCGAGACCUCGGCGAUUUAAACGACGGAAGAAUAGCAAAUCGAGGAAGUCGAUGACACGGACAUUGCACGGUGACAAGGACUUGGAUCCUAUUCUCUUGGCGCUCAAAAACUACGACGACGAGAACUCGGCGUCGUGAACGAGAGUGACACCAGAGCAGUUCAGAGUCGGUCACAUUCCUUCCCUAGGAUACACUACUGGACAUAUACGGAAGCAGACUUUUAGUGUACACACACAGCCACACGGAGAGAUUUCAAAAUGGUGAUAAUACAGAUACAUGUACUGGUUGUAUUGUCGUUAUUCUUUGCAUAUACACAGUUAUUUUACUGAUUUUACUUAACUGUAAACGGUUAGUGUGAAAUGUAUGGGAUGCAGAAGUAGA